UCAAAUAUUACUAAGUGAAGAUUCAAAUAAAUCUAUUUUAAUUUUAUUUUUCGGAAUUAGUAUGGCUAAUUUUUAUGUUUACUAUUCAUUGAUUCAAGGUGUUAGAAAGCAAGAACCAAGAAAAAUGUACUUGUGGAUUUAUCUAACUUAUAUUAGUCUUAUUAUUGGUGCAAUUUUUAUUGUAUUGUCUCUUAUUGUAUUGUUUGUACUUGCGGUAUCAGAAAAAUCAAUGGAAUAUGGUUUAGGAUUCAUUUCCUUGUUUUUAAUAAUGGCUAUACUUGCAGGUCUUUUUUACUAUGGUUUUUCAUCGGUUGUCACUCAUUGUCAGGAUCUCAUUUUGAUUCAAUCAGGUCAACAAAUACUUACUCCCUAA